CUCAAGCUAGCUAUAGCUAGAUACAUAGAAUAGAUAGCUAAAAAAGCAACAAACAAAAGAAAAAGAAAAAAAGACCCACUUUCUAUUAACGGAGCUCCAUGGGUUUCCCAGUCGGGUACUCCGAGGUUUUCUUCCCAAACCUCAUCCUCCAAGCACUUUCCCUUCUGGGUUUCAUCAGAAACCUCAUUUUCUCACUCUUUAACUUUCUGGGUCUCUCUGAUUUCAUUGAAACCGACACAAUUUGGGUAGAUGACCCGACCUGUACACCCGAACACAAACCCGUAUCCGCUAUGCUGAUCCGGGAAUUCUUGCCGGUGAUGAAGGUGCAGGACAUCGUGGCCGGUGCCGGCGCCGGAGACCCGCCGGAAAGCUGUGCUGUCUGCCUGUAUGAGUUUGAUGGAGAGGACGAGAUCAGGUGGUUGAGGAAUUGUAAGCACAUUUUCCACAGAGCUUGUUUGGACCGUUGGAUGGACCAUGAUCAGAAAACGUGUCCUCUUUGUAGGACCCAGUUUGUGCCUGAGGAGAAGCAAGAUGAGUUCAAUCAACGCCUCUGGGCUGCUACUGGGGUUUCUGAUUUUUACGCAGAGUACAGUGAGUACAAUUCGGAUUGAGGGGUUUUUUUUUUUAUUUUAUUUUUUUAUUUUUUUGGAAGAGAGAAUUAAGAAUUUGGGUUGGUGGGAUUAUUGAACAUUUUGAUAGAAAAAAAAAAAAAAAAUGUAUAUAGGGCAUGAAAACUUGGUACGCAAAAAUAAAAUAGAAAAAACGAAAUGAAAAAUUUAGGACUUUUUUCUCUUUUUUUUUUUUUUUUUUUUUUUUUUUGCUCUAACAGAAGUAUUUGAGAAGAUUGCUUUAAAUAAUAGAAGUUGAUAACUUUUAUGUGAUGUU